AUGGAGGUGGUGGCAAUGGAAAAAUCACUGUCCAAGUGUGAUGCAACAUAUAAUCGAAUGGAAUUUCCGAAGAAAAGCCUAAAGAACUUCCCCAAUAUCCCUGCUGGUCAAAAUUAUUUCAACUUUGUUGCGGUGGACACGCUAGGCAAGCGAUGGGGAUUCAAGGUCUCCAUUCGCAACGUGGGAAGAUAUAGGAAACCUUGGAUGUCUGGCCAAUGGAGGAGGUAUGCUCGAGAGAAAGGGUUGAAGAAAGGAGAUAGAGUUAAGUUGAUAAUGCAUGUGGAGGGAAAUGCUGUCAGGAGUUAUCGUAUCAGGGCUGAAAGAAACCUGACGAUGGGCAUCUGGAUACCGGUUGAAGAGUUUGCACAAUAG